GCAGCAGCAGCAGCCCUCGCCUCCAUUCCUUUCAUUGCUGUGCUUGGUGACACUUUUCGUCCGUUGCAGGUGUAUUUACAGUUUGUCUUUUUGGUUUGAAGGCACUACAGCUCCCAGUUGUGCCUAAGGUGGACCUGUCAUGACCCCUCUGCCCACGACACGACCCAUCGAAUACCCGUUAACGACCCAUUCCUAACGGCCCGGACUUCCUGAUAUGACACAAGACCUAUUUAUUUUGACGUUCUUUCUUUCGGUACAUUACACUCUUUGGAAUUCUUGCGUGUUAAAGUCGAGAAGCGGGAAGCAAUAUGGAUGUCGCAGUUCAACAAGAGGUCCUAGAACAGACACAUGGCGUUCACCCGGCGUCCCCAAAGAAAAGGCCAUUUGAUGAAUUAAAUGGAACGAUCCUCGGAUCCAAUACCGAGUCACUUGCACCAAGCCCGGCUAGCAUGUGUCAGACCCCAAAAGACCAUGCAGACACCCGGCGGCAAAAGAGAGAUCCUUCGCCAUCCCCCUUGGAAAGCAUGGCGUUAGCCCAACCGCAUGCCACUGAAGCACAAUCCAUCUCUGCACCGGUACCCCUUACGGUGAAUAUUUCAUCUGGCCCCUCGUGCAAUAUACUAUCGGAACCUGCUCCCUCUCCUCCUUCUCAGCCAUCUCUCGUCCCAAAUAAAAAGCGACGAUUGUCACCUGCAAGCAAAGAAGCCAAGGCACAAGAAAAGGCAAGAAAAGAAGAGGCUCGAAAAUUAUGGGAGGAGGAGAAGAAACGAAAAGAGGAAGAGAAAGAAGAAGAAAAACGAAAGCGGGAAGAAUUGAAGAAGAAGAAAGAAGAAGAAAAGGAACAAGAGAGAAGAAGACGAGAAGACGAGAAGAGAAAAAAAGAUGAGGAGAAGGAGACAGAAAGGCGAAAGCGGGAGGAAAAGAAAAAGCAAAAGGAAGAAGAGAAACUAGCCCGCGAAGAAGAAAAGAAAAAGAAGGAGAGGUCUCAAAUGAGGUUGAAUGCAUUUUUUGUGAAACCUGUGGCGGCCACUACCAACAAAACAUCGGCACCCGACACUUCGAAUAAGAAUAGCAGCAAAGAAGCUGCUCCAGCUGCCGGAAGUGAAGUCGAUAAUACGAAAGCGAUCUCUGAUUAUGAGAAUGAAUUUCCUCCAUUCUUCAUCCAUUCCCACAUGCGGGUUGGCACCCCCCACCGUUUCGAACGAGACUCUGAGGCGCUGUUGCAUGUCCGCGAGAAGCUAGAUGUAUAUCUUAAAAAUACCCACGAUCCUUCGAAUCUAUCUCUAAGGCCAUCCGAGCUCUUUAAGAUGAUUCCAUAUAAACGUCGCUUUGGCAAAAUGGAAAGUCCCACUGUGAAGGAAAUCGUCUCAUCUAUGAAUGACUCCAAUGAUAGCAAAGGUGCUGUUAUAGAUCUUACGGCAGAAAAGGAUGCUGGGACGGAUGAAUCGGCCCAAAGCAUGCUCAAGAAGAUCCCGAUGAAGUUACUACACUUUAAAGAAGAUGUGAGGCCGCCCUACCAGGGUACUUUUACGAAACGACUACCCGAUAAGAGUGCUUUCAAACUUUGUCGAAAUCCCUUUUCUAGGGCUAUUCCAGAUUUUAACUAUGAUUAUGAUUCCGAAGCAGAAUGGGAGGAACCGGAGGAAGGCGAAGACCUUGACUCGGAAGGCGAGGAAGAUGUUAGUGACGACGAUGAUGAGGAUAUGGAUGACUUUUUGGACGACGGAGACGACGAGCUUAGCAAAAGGAAAAUGAUCGUGGGUGACUUGGAACCUGUUUGCACCGGAAUCUGCUGGGCGGAUGGCAAUAAGGCGAACGAAUAUAUGAAUUCCUUUCGGAUGGAGGUUUUAUCGGAAACAGGUAGCCUGCCGAUAGAUCCUUUCUCUGAUGCAUAUUGGAAGAAGCCGACAUCGGCCCCUCAAAGCAACCUACGACCCGUGCUAAACGCGUCUACUCCUGGAAAAGCACCCGAUUCCUCCAAACAAACAUCAAUGCAAUCCAAUAACGCAUUUUUGACACCUGCGCUCAACCCUAGGCCUACUUCAGCUUUACCAGGAAUGAAUACCACUUCCAACGGCCCUGGAGCCGGGCUAAAACUAAAAGCUCACUUCCCGUCGGAACUCAUUUCCGAGUUCAAACAGGCUGUUUCCGGCAGCGACCUAACGAAGGCAGGAUUAAUCGAAAUUUUGAAGAAACGAUUCCCCAAGGUGUCGAAAGAAGUUAUUAGGGACACUCUCACAACCGUCGCCGUACGCCAGGGAAAGAAAGAAGCCGAUAAAAGAUGGAUGUUGAUAUGA